AUGGGAGCAAAUAGCAGCAGCAUCAGUGACCUUCCAGAAAAUGAGUACUUAAAGAAAUUAUCAGGAGCAGAGCCCAUCUCUGAGAAUGACCCAUUCUGGAAUCAGCUACUGUCUUUUAGCUUCACCACUCCAACCAACAGUGCUGACUUGAAGCUCUUGGAAGAAGCCACCAUCUCAGUCUGCAAGUCUUUAGUUGAGAAGAACCCUCGAACAGGAAACCUUGGGGCAUUGAUUAAAGUCUUUCUGUCUAGAACCAAAGAGUUGAAAAUUUCAGCAGAGUGCCAGAACCACCUGUUUAUCUGGCAGGCUCACAAUGCACUGUUUAUCAUUUGCUGUUUGCUGAAAGUGUUCAUCAGCCGAAUGUCAGAGGAGGAGCUGCAGCUUCAUUUCACAUAUGAGGAGAAAACAGCAGGUUCCUAUGGAACAGAGCGUGAAGACCUCAUAGAAGAGUUGCUGUGUUGCCUCAUCCAGCUCAUUGUUGAAAUUCCUCUCUUAGAUAUUACAUACAGCAUUUCUCUGGAAGCUGUGACCACUCUCAUUGUCUUCCUCUCCUGCCAGUUGUUCCACAAAGAGAUUCUACGAGAGAGCAUCAUCCACAGAUACCUGAUGCAUGGCCGAUGCCUCCCAUACACCAGCAGGCUUGUGAAAACAUUGCUGUACAACUUCAUUCGACAAGAAAGAAGCCCUCCCCCCGGGGCACACGUCUUCCAGCAGCAGACAGACGGAGGAGGGCUGCUCUACGGCAUCGCCUCGGGGGUGGCAACUGGCCUCUGGACAGUCUUCACACUGGGUGGAGUGGGGAGUAAACCAUCGCCGCAGCUGGAGCACUGCUCCCCUCUAGCUAGCCAGAGUCUUCUGCUUCUCCUGGUCUUGGCUAAUCUGACUGAUGCUCCAGACACACCAAAUCCCUACAGGCAAGCAAUUAUGUCCUUCAAGAACACACAAGAUAGCACUGCUCUUUCAUCAUCAAAUCCACAUGCUUUCCAGAUCAACUUCAACAGCUUGUACACAGCUUUGAGUGAGCAGCAGAAGUCUGAUCAAGCAACUCUCCUUCUGUACAUGCUCCUGCACCAGAACAGCAACGUACGGACGUACGUGCUGGCACGGACAGACAUAGAGAAUCUGGUUCUGCCAAUUCUUGAGAUCCUGUAUCAUGUUGAAGAGAGGAAUUCACACCACGUUUACAUGGCUCUUAUCAUCCUGCUGAUCCUGACGGAGGAUGACGGCUUCAACCGAUCCAUUCACGAAGUGAUCUUGAGAAACAUCACCUGGUAUGCAGAGCGUGUCUUAACAGAGAUCUCUCUGGGGAGUCUGCUGAUCCUGGUUGUGAUAAGGACCAUCCAGUACAACAUGACACGGACACGGGACAAAUACCUUCACACAAACUGUCUGGCAGCCCUAGCCAACAUGUCAGCGCAGUUCCGCUCGCUCCACCAGUACGCUGCUCAGAGGAUCAUCAGUUAUACCUGCCGCCACUUGCGGAGAUAUGUCUAUGUCUUGGACAAACUGUAUUUCCCCCACUCCCACUGCUCUACGCUGCAGCAUUGCUUCUCGACCCUCAGUGACAAUGGAGAGGAACUCUUGUCUUUAACUUGUUCUCACAUUCUCAGAUCCUAUGCUGCCAGUUUAUUUUCUUUGCUGUCUAAAAAACACAACAAAGUGCUGGAGCAAGCCACACAGUCCUUGAGAGGUUCUCUGGGUUCAAACGACUCACCGCUUCCUGAUUAUGCUCAAGACCUGAAUGUAAUCGAGGAGGUGAUCCGGAUGAUGCUGGAGAUCAUCAACUCCUGCCUGACCAACUCCCUCCACCACAACCCCAACCUGGUGUACGCUCUGCUGUACAAGCGGGACCUGUUCGAGCAGUUCAGAACUCACCCCUCCUUCCAGGACAUCAUGCAGAACAUAGAUCUGGUGAUCAGCUUUUUCAGCUCCCGGUUAGAGCAGGCUGGAGCCGAGCUGUCAGUGGAGAGAGUUCUGGAAAUCAUCAAGCAAGGAGCUAUUGCUUUGCCCAAAGACAGGCUAAGAAAGUUCCCCGAGCUGAAGUUCAAGUACGUGGAGGAGGAGCAGCCUGAGGAGUUCUUCAUCCCCUACGUUUGGUCCUUGGUCUACAACUCGGCCGUGGCCCUGUACUGGAACCCGCAGGACAUCCAGCUCUUCACUAUGGACUCUGGCUGA